UAAAGCCCUGCAACAGCAUGUGUUUGACGCGCUGACACACGCACGCACGCGCACCACGCUGACCAUCAUACGACUGGUGCUCACCGCUUUCUUUCGAGGGACGGAGACAGAUGGAGGAAGAGAGGGAGAGAGAAGGAGAGCGGGAGAGAGAGAUGAGGAUGGAUAGAGAAGAGAAGGCUGCAUGAGGACGAGGACAGAAAACUGGGUGACUGGCUUAAAGAAGACAGCGCGCGGAGGAGACGGAGCUUGGGCUUGAGCAGGUCUGGUGUGGAGACAACAGGAGUGCUAGAAGAGCAAGGAGUGGGGAUGUUUCGGGGAGAGCAUGCAGAUUGCCAGCGUCAGUACCACACCCUGGCCGUCAGUCCGCGACGCUUCUCCAGCCCUGACAUGGACGCAAUGGCUAAGAUCCACAAGGGUGACGCCGAGAGACAGCGAAUCAAGCACCCGGGCCAUCAUGCUGCCACGCUUGUGAGCGGCAAUUGCUCACGACAACAGCAACCACAUUAUUGGAGUUUUAAGGCGAGGACUCCACGGACUAGCAGUGCAGGACAGCAGUCUCUGGGCGAUCAGACAGGAGGACGACCCUUCUAUGCCUCUGCGGAGAACUUGGAGAGCAUGGGUGAUGCCGAGCUCCCUCUGGCCUUCAGCCGCACGAACCGCCUCCGACAGAGCCUUCCACUCGCUCGCUCGCCCAGCCAGAGCAAACUCCGAGCACCUGGCGUGCUGUUUCUGCAGCUCGGUGAUGAGACACGCCGUGUGCAUGUGGCGCACGAGAUCACCACCAUGGAGACGCUCCAUGCGCUCAUCGCGCAUGUCUUCCCACAGAAGCUGAACGUGGGGUCACUCCGCUCGCCUUCCAUCGCCGUCCUCAUCAAGGAUGAGGCACGUAAUGUCUUCUAUGAGCUGGAGGACCCGCGUGACAUCCAUGACCGCUGCGUCCUCAAGAUCUAUUGCCGAGAGGCGCAAUACGCUGGGCCGCACCACACACACCUCGCCAACGGAGACCUGAGGCGGGAGCUGGUGUACACCUCACGUGAGUCUUCUCCCACCCGCCGUAUGAACACCCUUCCUGCGUCCUCCUCUCCUUCGGGUUCUCCGUCACGCUCGCAUUCCCGUGUCUCCUACACUGGAGGACGUCCUUCCUCAUAUGCAGGCCCUCCCCCGUCCCCUCAGCCACACCCCUACCAGCACCAGCCUCACGCACCUCAGCCGCCUGGCCACGCCCACCCGGCCUUUUGCCCCUCCCCCAGCGCCAUAUUGGAGCGACGCGACGUGAAGCCAGAUGAGGAGAUGGCACCGCCAUCUAAGAGUGUGGUGCUGCUGAAGAACGAGGCAAUAUACGCUGACCCUUAUGCACUUAUACAUGAUCCACGUCUGGGCGGGUUGUCUGCCCAGGCUCUGGCCUACCGCCGCCCCUCGCUACGCUCACUGGGACCCUACUCAGCCGCUGCACUGCAGUGUGAACUGGAGGGUGCCCUCUACAGGCCUGGAGGACCUCUGUAUGCAGAUCCCUACGCCACCAUGGGGUUCCGCACCCUACCACCAGCUUCUCCGCAGAAGCUAUCUGAUGGGAGAGACCCGUAUAGGGGGCAGCCGGCCCGAGGUUCCCCAGGAAGGCAGGGCUACAGGAAGGACGGGACAAUGUUCGUAGAGAGCCCCAAAACGCGGCCUGGAGGACCACAGCUGGAUCAAAUGUGUGUAGUCGGGGGACCAGGAGGGGAGGCAGUGACGUUGCCGGGAUACAGUACUCCGUUACCUGGAAACGAAAUAGAGACCAGGGAGAGAAUGGAGGCCAUGGAGAAGCAGAUAGCCAGUCUGACUGGUCUGGUCCAGAGCGUUCUCACCAGGCCUCCGGACAGUCCUGAGAAGGCCGAAACAGCAAGUGACUGCUCAGGCCCUGACUCUGGCAGGUUUAUAAAAAGAAAAGCCAUGACUCCCUCUGCUCCUUUGGCCCUGAUGCCACCUCCACCCAAGGCAGCAUCUCAGCCAAUCAUGAUGUCCCGCUCCCAAAUGCAGCUCCACCUGAAUGAGCUACAGGAGAGCACAUCAGACCUACGCAGGCAGCUAUCACAGUUACGCAAACUACAGUUGCAGAAUCAGGACUCAGUGCAUGCACUACUGAGACAGACAGAGGCAGAUCUGGGCCUUUGUCUGAUUGAAGCAUCCCGGACACAAGAGGACCCUCUGCAACGCCAGCGCCUCCUAGUGGAGGAAGAGAGACUACGCUAUCUUAAUGAAGAGGAACUGAUUAUACAGCAACUACGUGAUCUCGAGCGUUCAGUGGAGGAAAUGAAAACUGGUGCAGGGCUUAAUCAUCGCUUAGUAACAGAACAGGAAGUUGAACAGAAAAGUCAAGAGCUCAGAAGACUUGGGGAGACUCUCACUGACCUCAAGAAUCAGUUCCCAACACUACAGAGUAAGAUGCGGGUGGUGCUGCGGGUGGAGGUGGAGGCUGUGAAGUUUCUGAAGGAGGAGCCCCUCAGACUGGAAGCGCUACUCAAACGCUGUAGAAAUGUCACUGAUACACUAACACUGCUGAGAAGGCAGGUAUCUGAAGGCAUAUGGAAGAGACCGGAAGACUUCAGCAGUUCGGUGUCCAGUGACACUGACUUCGUAAAGGGAUGUGAUCUGGACAUCCUCACCAGUCCAUCUCUGAGCAGUAUGCAUGAACUGGCAUCUGCUCUCCCGGGCACAGCUGCUUUCUCUGCCAGCCUGGGUUCCAGUGCCAACCUGGGCAGUAACUCUACCCUCACCAACACUGCCAGCAUAGGGUCUACUGCUAGCCUGUCCAGUGCCCUUGGCAGUGCUCUGAGCUCAAGUUUGGGUGGUGCCACUGCUUUAACGGGCACUACCACUCUAGGGAGCUGGCUGGCGGGUACAGGUGCAGUUGACAGCAGCUUCCCCCUGCAGGAUGGCACCUUGGUGGGCUUGGCUAAAAGCCGUGGCCUAGACGAGCCCCUGGCACGGAGAGAGCUGGACAAAGGGGUGUCCGUGGAAGUGCGUCUGGCAGCAGAGCGGGACUGGGAGGAGAAGCGAGCGAGUUUAACCCAGUUCAGCACCCAGGACAUCAACCGACUCUUAGAAGAGACCCAGGCAGAGCUCAUGAAGGCCAUACCUGACCUGGACUUUGCUGCCAAGCAGAUCACCAAACCGGCUGUGCCCCCGAAACCACAGCUCUCCUCUCUCCCCAAACCAGCUUCGGCCUCCUCCACGCCCAGUUCUACACCCGAACACCACCCUGUAAAAACUUCACCCAGGCCAGGCAGCAAGGAAAAUGCCCAACGCAGGGAAUCAGGGGAGUUGACAGUUGCACGACAUCGGACAGAGAAGCUAUCCAAGUCUCCACCCCCUCCGCCCCCACGGCGCAGUUUCCCGUCAGGCCAUGGGCUUACGACCAACAGCAGUGGAGAGGUCAUCAUUGUUAGCAAAAAUGUGAAAAAACUUGAGAAGAGUGAAAAUGGUGAGGAGUCAGACAUGUCAACUCAGACGUCUGCAAUCAAAUUCAGACGACCAUCGACCUCGGAUGGGCCACGCCCCCCCUCCACCCCUCCAGUCAUUGCUGCCUCUGGGAUGAAGGAGGACGAGGAUGAGGAAGAGAAGAUAAUGGCAGAGCUUGAGAUCUUCCAGCGAGCCCCAGCAAAGUUGACCACCACCACCAAGUCCAACACUCUCCCACGACCCUCUUGUACCAGCACAGCCUCUCUGGGUGUGCUGACCCGCAGUUCUAUGAGGAGAGAGUCCGUGAGCACGUCCCCUGGGUCAGCCAAGCCUUCGGCUGCAUUCCGCCUAAAGAACCUGCAGCAGACCAGCCUGGAGCGGAAAGGCCGGAAGCAACGUGAAGAGUUCCCCAAACUCCAGCCAGGCCAGCAGCAGGUAUUCCACUUCUAAUGGUGGCCGUGCCCCCCCUCCCCCCGCUCCUAUGCCCACCGCUGGACCUCACCUGAACACCCGCGAUUCUGAGCCGGAGCCGAAGCUAAGUGUGGCGUGUGGCACUAGGGCACUAGCUGCUAUGCUAGCAGCAGCCCAGUGCUAACUACCAUGCUAGCCAAUCACCUGGUGAAGCUCGCAGGCUGAACGCUAACUGUUUCUGCAGCAGCUGAGCGUUGCCCGUAUCAAUAGGAGCUAAGCGGUUCUGUGGUUAACAUCUAUGGACUUAUUUGGUUCAGUAGUGGAUGAGUGUCACCUGUGAGGAAUGUCAGUAACUAUUAGUUGUUCUAGUCGGAGUUCUGAUCUUGAGUCUGAAAAUUUACGAGUGUCCAUCACAGCUGCUGCGUAGGUACUGUGACACACAACUGUGUGUAGCAUUAGAUGGCUGGUUUCCUCCUCCCUUCUAUGUUCUUCCAAAACUGAAGAAUUGCAUGACUCCAUGCAUCCAGCAAACAUAUGGUCAGAGCCCACAAGAGCUGCUCUCAAAGUUCCUCUGGCUGCUAAAAUGCAUCAGUGUUUUGGAAGAAAACCGUUCGCAGGCUGAAAAUGGUGCCCCAUUACCCAUAUUGUGUGCUUAUAUCACCCUCCUUUUCUCUUUUCCAGCACUUGCGAUUGGGUUGGGCUGACAUUUAACUUUUGUAAACAGGCAUGUUUAACCUAAAGGCUUGUCUGGCUUUAUGCUGUGGCUAUAAGCUACGUGCCCAGAUUGCCUCCUUCCUACAUCUUAAAGAUCCUCCUUUGGGUCUCUGCUCUUGAGCCAUCAUUCUGUUUCAGUGCCAGCACAGGCAUGCUGCAGGUCCCCUGUAUGUCUUUAUUACACCAAUCCAGACAAAAUAAAUGUGGAUUUUGUGCUAUAUAAUGUACAAGAACUAGAGCAUUCUUGUUUUAACAUUUAUCUUUAAUGGGUUGGAUGGGGUCACAGCAUCAGUGGAUACCAAGGCUACUCACCAAGGCUAAUUUACAGUCCAUCUUGACAAAAAUAUGGAAAAAUUGCUGUCUGCUUGGGGGCUUGGGGGCCAUUUUGUCUACUUUGUAUAAUCUUAAAAUGUGCAGCUAUUAGUACUUCUUGAUCAGUCUUAUUGUGUAACAGGACUGAGCAAGUGCACAUUUUGAGCUCUUCGACUGUACUGCCAUAGCUACAGAUUCUUCUGUUGCUUUUUUUAGUGUUGCAGUUCUAACAUUAUCAAGGGUUAACAGCCCACAUAUAUGGACAUUUUUAAAAAGUUAGGGUUGUUUGUUUGUUUUGAAAAAUGUGUUCACAUAACUAGCUGGCUAACCUGCCUACGUGUAGACUGGGUUCAAGCGUCAGUGUAGCUUGCCUUAAAUUGGCAUUACCUCGAUGACAUGCGGCUAAUUCUGAGACCGCGGUAGCAAAGGACUGUAAAAGAAAAAAAACAUGCUGCAGUGUGCUAAUGCUUUCAUUUCUUUCCUAGACUACAAAUUCUUUUAAUCCUCAAAGAAGGUUCAUGGUUGGACCUAUAUGCUCUGUGACUGUGGCUCAGAUGAGGGCCAACAAUGACACAAAAAACAGUAAAUCCAUGUGACCCAAUUAAAAAAAAAUGUUUUUUUCACUCAGUUCUGAGACCCAAAACAAAGAGGAUUGAAAAUAGAAAACUUCACUCUAAAAUGUAGGCACCAAUUACAGCAAGAUGAAAGAAGAGACUAAAUUCCAAGAAGAUGAAAAACUUAGUGUUACUUACUAAAGAAUACAAAUAACAUUGAGUUUCAUUUAAAAAAAAAAUGUUGGUUAGUUGAGGAAUAGGAGCAGGGCACUCUGGGGAGAUGAAAAGAGGAAGCACUCCAGAGAGAGGAACAGUGAAAGAGAAAAUGUUGUAGAUUCCUGUGAGACACUUAUCUGUAAGGGCAGCCUUCAUAGUCAUAGCUCUUCUUCAUAGCUCUUCCCCAAUACAGUCUAAAGAAAUGAGAGAGGGAGAGUGAGAGAGAGGAGGAGAGUAUACAGGAGACCUGGGGGAAAGAUGGAGAAUGAGAGAGACAGAGAGAAAGAAUAAGAGAGAAGAGAAUAAGGUUUUUGUUCCUCUCCACUUAACAUUUGGGCCAGCCUCUAUCCCCUUGCCUCUUUCUCCUGCUUGUAGGACUAAUCUUUAGGCCAUUGGCUAGCUGAGAGCUACAAAUCUUGGCCAGCUCGCUGCGGUACAUUGGGCUGUGUUGCUGACCCAUAACUGAUCCAAGGACAAACUGACACUUAGAAAAUGAAGAAGAUUGAUUCUCCCAAUUAGCCAUGUAACGACAGGUUCCAGAUCCUUUUCUGCUUGGAUCCUGACAGUAAAGCUGUGGGUCUCAAACUAAGUAGUUCAGAAAACUCAAGAAGGAAAGUUAAGGUGAUAUUAAUGGUUUAUGAUUUGAGACUGAAUGCCACUGACACCUGUGUUAGCCAGCCUUGUUUAUGGCUGUCUUAAAAAACUGUCUCAGGUGUGUUAAGCUUGUAAAAGUGAAAGCUGCAGUAAAUGCAGUUUCCAUUGAAUGGAUUGAAGUAGCAUAGUCGUGAGGGUGGGAGGGUAGUGAGAGAAGGGACAUGUUUGCUAGUGCAAGGACUAGAUGCAGAAGAUAAACAGGCUACUUGAACCACCAGAGAAGGGUUGCAGUUAUCCAUGCGGCUUUCUCUAGCAAAUUUUGGUUUUUUGGACUUUUCACGUAUUAUUUAUCAAAACCAGCAGGAAAUCUGCCACCAUAUUUUUUCUCCAGUCUGACCUAUGCACUGAAAUAAAUCUCUUAAAAACACACACACAGUAAGUGGCACAGAAUGACUGUAUACCUUUCAGGAGUCAUACAUGUAGAGAAAUCAUUGAGCCAGGUGUAUGUAGCUUUACCACUUCAUCUCUGAGACAUUUGGCCAAUUUUCCAGAAAUGCAAGUCACAUUGCUCUUUGCAGACUAACAGCCAACCCUGAAUCGUAAGGAGCGUUACUGGAAGUAAAAAGCUUUCUCUUGUGGAAGUGGUUUCUCCCAGCUCUCAAAUUCCUUCACAACCCUUCAAGAGUUCUUUAUGUAGAAUACACCUUAUGAUCUGCCAGUAAAGCCCCGCUUUCUGUUGUGUGAUGGAAGAAUGAAAGAAAUUAUUUAAAAUGACCCGAACAAAGUUUUUCUGCACUUAUUAACAUUAAAGUGUCAUAUAUUAAAAGAACAUAGUUCAUAGUUUGUAGCAUACACACACAACUACGAACCCCUAAGGCUCCACAUAUUUUGUGUUUUAAAGGUUGUUAACACAACUAAAGCUUGGUUAAUGAUAGGUGUGGAAGUUGUUAUUGACAAAAUACCUUUAACAAGGUAAGAGUACAAUUCUUUGUGACUUUAUGCUAAUUAACUAACCAUUUGGCUUAAUUUAUUAUACCAUAUUAACAUUCUUCAUCAGCACCAAAUAUGUGAAAACUGUACUUAACGGUGUUUAGAACACUAUUUACUAGUAUUACUAGUAUUUUGCAAGCCUUUAUUUCCUCCCUAGGGCAACACUAAAAGGCUCUUGUAUAUCGCUACUAACAUAGAGAUAAAUGAUGCCUGGAUUCACCCUUUUAUGUGGGUUUUCUGAGGAACAUCCCAACUUGCAUUCUGGUGACCUAUCAGUUGUGAGCACCAUUGGACUGAACCAGAGUAUGGCAGAGUUCCCACCCAUCUGUCAGAAGGCCAUUAGAGCCAGACUGUUUCUGCUUUUGUGCCCACACAAAGGUCAGACUCAUCUGGUACACUGUGAAGCCGCGAGUGAUGCCCCUUUCCAGCAAACUGUCUUCAUCUAGGCUUGCUGCUCGAAGCAGGUCCUCACGGUAAAUUAGAGGUCCAUGUCUGGUGACCCUUAAUACUUGUCUGCCAUUUUGGCUCAGAAAGCAGCCUGAUGUGUAAACCACAGUGACAGUUACACAGAUGCCUGUGUAGAUUAAGUGGCCAAAGGGAUGUUUUAUGCAUGAAUGGUCAAAUGGUUUGCUUCUCUUAAGUGGCAGGAUGGGUGUCUGAAUGUGUGUGCUUGCUAUGGUUUGUUUUUGAUACAUGGUUUUGGUUGGUCUUUGGGACAUUGUGCAGUAUGUUUACAUUUUAAGACUACAUAAGUAGAAGUACACUUACAUAAAUAUAUUUUUAAUUCUAUGUAAACUUCAAACUGGAACUUGUGCUUAAGGUGUUUUCCCUGUCUAUCUGAAUUUAAUGUUUUGCACUUCUGAAUAGCUAGUCAGUAAAAUGUUUUCCAUAUGAGCUGUUAAAUUAAGAUAAUAUAAAAUACCACUGGGAGAAAAUAUCAAAGCUUUAUAUCAAAGCUGAUAUAAAAAAAAAAAUUAAGAUAAUUUCACACAAUAUUUUUUAACAAAUGAUGUAUAAAAGGAUGUUAUAAGUGCUGUUGAAGCAACUUUCUUGCAAGAUCUGAAAGCAGCAGCUUAAGCCCUCUACAGAAUGUUUCUUUGUGUUUACCUCAAGUGAACCCAGUUUUAAAUGGUGCUGCCAGAGAAAUUUUACCCUCCAGACAUUUUCUAAGGCAGGCCAGUAUCAGCAACUCCUAGAUCUGAGGUUGAUCUGGUCACAGAUAGUGGAGUUUUGAUUUGAUAACACUCAAUAUACCUCAUCUACCUCUAUAAAAUUAAACUGUUUUUCAGUUAAAACCACAAUUGAUCUAGUUGAAAUACUUAUCAGACAGGCUGUCGCACUGUGAUCACUAUAAUGCAUUGCAUAGAAUAUGAGACAUAAGCUAUAUAAGCUAUGUUUGCUUUAAAGGCACUUUUAAACCAAGGGUUGAGGCAAUUUAGCCCAUAGACAUUUUUGUUCUAUUACACCUUGCUGCCUGGCCCAGUUGUAUAUGGAACUAGGAUGAAACAUGACUCUAGGUCAUUAGAGAGUAUUUGAGCACUAGGAUGAAGCCUUCUGUUUUACAGAAUGUGCUUGCAUGUGUUUCGUAACUGAACAUCAGGAGCAUCUUUAAAGGAAAAUGCAAUUAAUAUUUCCGUCUCUCCUCUCCUGCUGUUCACCUUUGCUCACUCCACCCCUCCAUCCCCCAUAAAUCCUCACUCUUCCAUUCACUUGACAGAUUUUCAAGGAAAGAGUAAUGCCUAACGGCCUCUAGACAUCACAAAAUAAGCGAGUGCUGCAUAAUAUACACCAUAUAAAGGAGGAGGUCCAUAUUAACACUUAUUCUUCAGACGGAAUUUACUUUAAACCUAAAGGCUAGGCAACAGCUAACAAAAAAGUCUAUCACUAAGCAGAAAACAGGACAUCGCGAUUCAGUGUUGAUGUAGAAUGUGAACUGCAUUAUUGGGUGAAAUAGCUAAAGAAAUAUUACAUCUGUGUUACAUCUGUGGCAUAUGUUUUUAUUAGCUUGUUUAUUUAGUUACAUAUCAUGACAUUGAAGCAGUUUUUACUGCGGCUGUGUAUUUGUUAGCAAUAUUGGGAGGCCAAAAGUAUAGUCCUUAUGUAGCAAACUCCAAACUCCACCAAUCUUAAAAGUGAGUUGUUAGCUGUUAAAUCAUGAAGGGUCUUCUUAUUAAGUUGUUUGUCAGGCUUACUGUAAACAAGGCAUUAACCCUUGACCAAAGCAUUCGGACAAACUCUGUAUAUGUCUAUAAAAGACAAAGGCAUCACUUAAGAUUUCCUUAGGCAAAACUUGCUUUGCAAAUCCAAUCAACUUCAAUAUCCCUUUCAGCUUCUAAAUGGUUAACCACAGCCCCUCUCUUUUCUAACUGGCAUGUUAACUGGCAUACGUUUUAGCCAAUCACUGUCCUUUCCUCUCUCCUCCCCUAAGAGCUGAUCCAAUCUUAGGUGAUUGCUGAAGGUGAAAGAAGCCUUUGAGGAUGUUGGACACAGUGGACCCCAAGUAGGAUACUGAACCUCAAGUUGCAUGUCUUACAAUAUGUGUAGUACAUUAGGGUAAGUUAUAAAAAGGUCAGAUAUUAAAAUCAUGUUUGCUAAAUGUAAGAAUGUUUUACUGUACAUAUAAUAAAAUAACAUCAUAUGGUGCAUUAAACUACGUAUGCAGACACCAAUUCCCAGUAAAGUGAACAAACAAAGCUAAUGUGGAUAGAUGAUAUAGUGGCCAAACUUGCUGUUCAUAUGAAUAAGUUGAAUCUUACUGAAACAAAAAAGUAAAAAUCAUAUAGCAAUUAUUAAGAGAUGUUACUAUAUCCUGCAAUAACUUAGCACCAUAUUAAAAAUAGCAUCUAACUAACUGUGAUCAGUUGUGAUAGUUAUUAAAAUGUAUUUGUUGCCGAAAGUUGUUUAUGAAAUGUAGUGUUUCAUACAAUUAGUAUCUUUUGUAUUUUUCUACUUCAGAAUGAGAGGAUAUACUGGCAGAAACUUCAAAAUUAAAAAAAAGAACCAUAAUUUCUUUCCCUUACCCAACAUCUGCAACAUGAGCAUUCCAUUAUUAUGAAAGUAAGUGUACCAUACUUAAUCAGUUUCCAAUAUCAGAGCUAAAUAAAAAAUCUGAGUUAAUUAUUUCAUUAUACUAUGAACCGCAGCAUAGCAACUAGAUGUAUGAUCUGAACACUUACUCAGCACUGUCUGUCUUUGGCCUCUGUAAAAAGUAAUCUAUGCUAAAAUAUAUAUGAAGAAAUAUAUCCUGAAAUACCCAGGUAAUGACAAUGAGAAGUGGAUUGUGUUGAGUGUGGAUAUUAAAUUGUAACCUAUUUGCCAAAUACAUUUCCACUGAGUUAAUUCAUUGUUUGACAGAAUUGUUUGAUCUUUCAUCCCAUUUCAUAUACAUCACCCUAUCCAGCUUCACCUUUGUCUCCCUGAGUUCAGUUAAAAAUACAAAAGUGUAAAAGAGUUUAAUGUUGAAAUUUUGAUCAAAGACAAUCAAAAACCGUUGUAAACAUCACAUGUCAAUAAAUGACAUUUAUGAUUGCAGCACUUUUAGACACUGCAGUUGAACUUUCUAAAGUAGAUUUUAAAAUCCUCAGCUCUGACCCAACUCACAACAAAUGCACAGGCAUAAUUCCCAGUCAGGGAAUGGCCACAGAGCCAGAUGUAUUUGCCUACACAAAGCUGGUGUUAUCAACAUCACUGGAGGCCUCUGGAAUAAAAAAGCAUUGUUUCCCUACCACAAAAUGUUGAUUGGCAAUACCCCAGUAAGAUAACAUAAGCACAACAUAGAAGCACACUCCUGUUGGCUCAGUUCCGUACCUGUUGUCUUAACAUCAGUAAAUAUUUUAACCUCUUAAACUCCAGACUCAUUAUUUAGUUACUAAUCUUAAAGCAUAUUAUUCAGUAACCACUAUGAAUUACUCAGUAACUGCUAUGAAAUUAAUACAAAAGCUAUGUAAGUAUGAGGGUUUUUAAGAGGCUAAUCUAAAGAUGGGUUAAUAUGCUGCAAUGUCUCUGAUAAUGCACAUGUAGAUGUCUCUGAAUGAGUGUGUGAAAUAUGGCAUGGGAGAAAACUACUAACACUAAUGUGUGGGGGAGGAUUUAACUGUACAUAGUCUGUGCUAUUACACUAUACUAAUUUAGUGAAUUUGUAUGUAAGUUUUUUUUUCUUUAAUAAAGAAAUGUUAGUGCUAAACUGCAUGUACAGUAUACCUAAAGUCACGCAUGCAGAAGCGACUCUGUAAGCUCUGUUUUUGAGUGUAAAAUAGACUGAAUUCUGUAUAAAGGAGAUAUUUUUUGUUAAGAUUAGUAUCAUAUGUGUAGGUGGGUCAGUCUGGCUCAUUUUACUGUUGUCUGUAACCUUGUAACUGAAACCAUUGUUUGAAAUGGUCUGUGGCAGAUUAACUAUGAGCAAUGUUACUAACUCUAGGAGACACAGCUCACUCAUGUUCCAGAAUGUGUAGAGUGUUUACAAAAGACUUUGUGAUAACAAUAAAGUGUGAAUGCACAUCGACCAAUAAAAAUAUAUCUAUUUGGAGAAAUUAUGCUGCUCUAGUGGGAAAAAAAUCUAAUGCUAAAAUCUGUGUACCUGAGACUGUUGGUUUUGUAUAUUCUGUUGUGUUUUUGUGAGUAUUAAAGUGGAUAUCUUGUA